AUGGCAGGCGACACGAAGAGUCGAGUGUGGUGUUACAUUGUGUUAUUAACAUUAAGUUUUGAAUUGGCCAAUGCUCAAAAUAGUUUCACAGUUCCGGAUGUGACAAUAGAAAUUUUACAGCCUAAAGGUUUUAGAGUGUCUAUACCAGAUGCGUCUGGGAUAUCCCUGUUCGUAUUCCAAGGCCAUGUCAACCGCAAGAUUGACCGGAACGCCGUAGGCAGCCUUAAAGGGGAGGUGCUCCGACCGACCAACGGCCGCUGGGUCUACGAGGACACCAACACCCAACUCCAAGUCGGUGACGUCAUCAACUACUACGUCUUCGUCUCCAAGAACAGAAUGGGCUACGUUAAGGACAACUUGAGUUACACCGUUACCACGUUAGGUAAUCGUAGUGGAGGUAGUACCACAGAGAAGCCGGUGAACUGCGCUCCCACGAUAACGUCAGUACGAGGAGGCACCGCUUGCGCCGGCCAAGUCAUAUUCGAGGACGACUUCUCCGCCUUAAAGGACGCGUGGCAGAUCGAACAAUACUUACCAGUUUCAUCGCAUCCUGAGUAUCCCUUUGUGUCGUACCAAAGGUUACUGACUGACCCCGUCGUGUCGGUGUCCAACGGCUACCUGCGCAUCACACCCAAGAUCCAGCAGCAGAUGCCAGGCUUCAAUAAUGAAUCUAUCUACCUCGGAAACUUAGACUUGUUCAGUGGAUGUACGUCUCGCGCGGAGGAGUGUUACCGCCAGGCGUCAGGACCGGACAUCCUACCGCCUGUGGUCAGCGGUCGAGUCACCACUACAGGAUUCGCCUUCAAGUACGGAACUGUCCAUAUCAAGGCCAAACUGCCUCUGGGAGACUGGCUGUAUCCAGAGAUACUUCUGGAGCCGUUUUUGAAGAAAUACGGUAGUUCUAAUUACGCUUCAGGCGUCAUAAAGAUCGCUGCAGCACGCGGUAACAGGGAUCUGCGAGUAGGGUCAGAUGAAUACGGUAAUAAGGUUCUGUAUGGUGGACCAAUUAUGGAUGUGCAAUGUCGAAUGCAGCUGCUAUCCAGAAAACUUCGAGACAACGGUCUAUGGGGAGAUGAGUUCCACGAGUAUUCACUUACAUGGACUCCUCAAUAUAUGUCGUUGUCCGUGGAUGGGGAGGAAUGGGCGCGAGUGGACGCGACCGGUGGACUGGCGUCACGAUUCCCACAGAAUUGUGCGCAUUUGCCACGAAUGCUGCUCGAGAAGGGAACGAAGAUCGCUCCUUUCGAUGACUACUUCUACAUAACAUUGGGCGUGGCAGCGGGGGGAAUAACGGAAUUCCCUGACAACUCAUUUUCAACAGGAGGAAGGCCGAAACCGUGGCGAAACUCUGGACGUAAGGCUAUGCUCAGCUACUGGGAAGACUUGGCCGCCUGGCAAUGGACAUGGACAGAACCUGAACUACUGAUAGACUAUAUUAAAGUCAUCGCAUUGUGA